AUGGGGGAAGCGCUGUGUGUAAAUGCUCUCAAUCCUGGAUCAUGCUGUUGCUGUUCAGAGAGAAAGGGCUCUCAACGCAGCCAGAGUACCCAGUCCGUGGAAGUGGAGUCUAUGAUGGAGUUACCAGAUCUGAACAGAGUGCCACAUCCCGUGGAUUCACUUCAAUCACAGUGGUUCCAAACACUCCAGCUACAAAAGUCUGGGGGGAAGAAACCACGGAGUAACAGCGAUCCUUCCCAGGAGACGGAUUUUGUGAAGAGAUUCCAGUGGAGACAGAGCCUCCUGUUUGGAACGGCUUCAUCCUACCUGAAUCUGGAGAAGCUGUGCGAAGGUUCUUACUCUACAGUUUACAAGGGGAUUAGCAGAAUAAAUAGCCAGUUGGUGGCUUUGAAAGUAAUCAGUCUGGAGACAGAGGAAGGAGUGCCUUUUACCGCCAUCCGAGAAGCUUCUCUUCUCAAGAGUCUGAAACAUGCCAAUAUUGUGCUCCUGCACGACAUUAUCCAGACAAAGGACACGCUGACAUUUGUCUUCGAAUACAUGCACACAGAUCUGGCACAGUAUAUGGCCCAGCAUCCUGGAGGACUUCAUGCUCACAAUGUCAUGCUUUUCAUGUUCCAACUUUUGCGAGGCCUGGCUUACAUCCACCAACAACACAUUCUUCAUCGUGAUCUGAAACCCCAGAACUUGCUCGUCAGUUGCCUGGGCGAGCUCAAAUUAGCUGACUUUGGUCUUGCUCGUGCCAAGUCCAUCCCCAGUCAGACAUACUCCUCUGAGGUGGUGACGCUCUGGUACCGUCCUCCUGAUGUGCUACUCGGAGCCACUGAUUAUUCUUCUGAUUUGGAUAUCUGGAGUGCAGGCUGUAUAUUGGUUGAAAUGCUCCAGGGUCAACCCAUGUUCCCAGCAGUUACUGGUACUCUGGAACAGCUGGAGAAGAUCUGGGCGGUGUUGGGGGUCCCAACUGAGGAUACCUGGCCAGGACUUUCCAAGCUUCCCAACUAUAAACCAGAGAGGGUCGUCUCCAGUAGACCUCAGAGGCUCCAAAUGAUCUGUGCCAGGCUGGGCCAGGUGCCAGGAGCUGAAGACCUGGCAUCGAAAAUGUUAAAAGCCUUUCCUCGAGAGCGGGUCUCUGCACAGGAUGCACUUGUUCAUAACUUCUUCAGCGCUCUGCCGUCUCGGCUGUAUCAGCUUUGUGAUGCACAGUCACUGUUUACAGUUCCGGGAGUGAGGCUGCAGCCAGAAAUCUGUGACCUAUUUGCUCCUUACCAGAAGGGUCAUCGCCAAGCCAGUUCAAGCAAGUUUUGGUGA